GUGACGUCAUCCAGGAAGUCUCGACACCUGCUGGUGGAAUACGACGACUCACUCGGUCAGGUGAGUUUGUGUGAUGGCUCUGUUCUGGCUGUAGGGUAGAUGCACGUGGACGAUGUACAUCCUGGUGUCGAAGUUGCUGGGCCUGCUGGUGUUGGUGGCGCUCAUGCUGGCUGGCGUGCUGGUGCCAGUGCGCCUCCUGCUGGCCGACCGUAGCAAGGCGCACAGAUACCGCCGUGCCGUGUCGCUGUGUAACGCCUUCUCGGGGGGCGUGUUCUUGGCCACAUGCUUCAACGCUCUUCUGCCCGCCGUCAGGGCCAAGGCGGAUGACGUGCUACGGCAGCUAAAAGUGGAUGCCGACUAUCCCGUGGCCGAGACGAUGAUGAUGCUGGGCUUCUUCAUCAGCGUUUUGGUAGAGCAGAGCGUGCUGACCUUCAGAAAGGAGACGCCGUCCUUCAUCGACCUGGAGACCUUCAACGGAGGCAGCUCAGAGCCAGGCAGCGACUCGGAGUGCGACGCACCCUUCAUCUCAGCAGUACGCCAUCGCGGCCACCGUCAUGGACACCUGAGCCCCACCCAGCUAGUGGGUGCGGGGCCUCUGCGCCUCGCCAGUCUAGUUCUGGCUCUGUCUGCGCACUCUGUGUUUGAGGGCGUGGCACUCGGCCUGCAAGAGGACGCUGGCAAAUUGGGCGGCCUCCUGCUGGGCGUGGCCGUGCACGAGACCCUGGCUGCCACUGCGCUGGGCAUGAGUGCGGCCAAGGCAGCCCUUGGCAUGAAGGAUGCCGCAAAGAUGGCUGUCGCCGUAAGCCUGAUGAUUCCGCUAGGCGCCGCCAUAGGCGUGGUAGUGAACUCUGCUCAGACGCUGGCAGGAGGCGUGGUCUCUGUGGUAUUGCAGGGGCUCGCCGCCGGAACCUUCCUCUUCGUCACCUUCUUUGAGAUCCUCACGCCAGAACUGGAGCACAAGGCAGACCGCCUCCUCAAAGUCCUCUUUCUCGUUCUUGGAUACGCCGCCCUUGCCGCCCUCGUCUUCAUCAGAUGGUGACACACGCUGAGGUCGGAGGUCAGAGUGCUCGUGUGCGCUUGGUGCUAUACUGAAUGGUGGCGCUGGAAUGGAUAGAACUAGAAUGACAGGUAGAUCUGGAGCGGACAGAAGUACAAUGACCGAUCUGGAACAGAUAGACAUGUAGAUCUGGAACAGAUAGACAUGUAGAUCUGGAACAGAUGGAACUAGAAUGACUGGUAGAUCUAGCUCGGCUAGACCUAGAAUACCAAGUAGAUCCGGAACAGAGAACUAGAAUCAAUUAGAUCGAGAUUGAUUAAGAUAAAGUAAAUGUUUUGUACAUCAUUUUCUUGAGUAAUAAGUAAUUUAUUGCAAAAAAAAGGUUAAACUGAAGUAGGUGAAGAUGGCAUCACGGAGGGCAUCCACUAUCUCGACCUGAUGUCCAUUUUUGUAAACUUCCCUUGCCAUCCAUCCCCAAAUGUUCUCAAUUGGAUGUAGAUCAGGUGAACAUGCAGAAUGGUCCAAAAGAGUGAGCUUGUCGUUUCACCGGCUGGCAUUGUGAACUGCAGCGUUGUCUUGUUGAAAAAGCCAGUCAUUACCACACAGAUGAAGGCUUUCAGUCAGGUGUGAUCAGGUGUGUAUUUUAUAUUAAUAUAUGAACAUCAGCUUUAUGCUCAUGUUGUUUGUCGUAUUGAUAUAUAUAUAUAUAUAUGUUUAUGUGUGUGUAUGUGUAUAUAUCUUAUACAUGUAUAUAGUCAACUCAAACUGCUCAUGACACCAAAGAAAGUUUGAAAAAACAGUAACAAAAUGAAAGUACUCAAUAUUUUUUCUGUCAUACUGCUGUCAUAGGUGAAUAAACAACUAUAAAGUACGAUUUUGACACGCCCCCUCAGCAAGUUUCCUGAACCGCCCCUCUUGGCUGUGAUGUCAUGACCAGAACACGUUCCAGGAAUCAGAUUCAAACAUAUGCAGCAAUGAACUCACAGCAAAGCCAAGAAAGUGACAUAUUGACAACAAUACCACAAUAAUAAGUCACUGAUAUUGUGUUGUGAUGAGUAUGAUACAACACACAAAAAGUGUUGCCACAAGUAUGUUUUUUGUCAGUAAGUGACACUGACGGCUCCAUGGGCACUGCAUAAUAAAAGACCAGUGAGCAGCGAUUGCAAUAGCCCUGGCAUGAAACCCCUUACUAAGAUUGAGAUAAACAACCGAUGUAAACAUUGAUAAACACACGAAAAAAGAUAAGUCUAACAUUCAUAGAAUAGAUGUAGUGUAAAAAAAAAAAAAAGGAUUUACUUACUGAGCCUGACAGACAGGCUAGAAAGACGAGUGGCAGCAACGAUCCAUGUUUAGCUAGCAAUUCAUGUCGAGAACAUUUUCAACCAGGUCCAAACAAACACAGCCAUGAAUGAAUUCACUGAUAUCGUGUUGUGGCAAGUAUGAUAUGUUUUGCUGGCAGUGAUAGCCACUGACAACUCUAUGCACACUGCACAGAGCUGAAGACGAGUGGCAGGGAUUGUUGUUAAGCUAGCACUUUGGCAUGAAAACCAAUGUUAUUAUUGUAUGAUUCGUAGUGACGCUGCAAUCAAAGACGACCCUUUGGAUUUACUUGGCACUGCUUUUCCACAGUCGAACGUCUUGUGGGGUUACGACUUUUUAUUUCCAUCUGCGGAGCAGUAUGAAAACAACUGUCCCUCGAAGUUUGCCGAAAUACCGAAGCAUCUGACGCAGCGAAUGACAUCUUCUGGAAAUGUCAACAAGCUUACGCCGUCUCCUCGCUUGUUCCAGCAAAAGCCUUCAACACAACGAGCGGCCAUAAUAGAAAAACAAACAACAGAAAUUCAUCCAGAACUGGACCACAAUAACCGAGAAAGCGUAACUUCCGGGUGGGAACUUCUGGUGUAAACGUCACUCGCUCCUCCAGUCUACGCAAAAGUGACAAAAAGUGUAAAAAAUGGUAACUAUUUCAACAUUCGAGCACACAUGUAACACAGGAAAUAUGUCUUUCAAUGUUAUUUUUCACAGCGAAAAUAACAAGAUUAACGUGUUUUGGUGUCCUGAUCACUUUAACUUUUGUUACUGUUGUUUUUGUCACUUUCGCUGUCAAUAAAAUGAAACGAAAACAUAAAUUAGGCGGUGAUUACGAUCACGUCCUACUUCACACUGCCCGCACCGGGGAUCGAACGACCACCUAAAUAAUGGGAAGCGAGAGCGGUGACCACACGGCCGAAAAUCCGGAUUGUUCAGCUUAGCUCUCAAGGUAGAGCGAAUGAGGUUUUCCAACGUACACGUGCAGCCUCACAGGCUGGCAUCCGUUACAUUCACGGAACAUUGAAUGAAGCAAGCGGCCAUCACAGACACAAAAGUGUCCUGUAAAAAGUUGAAAUAUAUUUUUUACAGUUAUUGAAGGUCACCUUAUCUUUCCACAUAAAUAACAAUUACAGUCAAACCAUAGUUGUCAUAUAAUUCCGUUUUCUACGAAGGUUUUCACCAAAAUUUUGCCCCAGUUCUCGUACACUGUCUUGGUUAUCAUGCAAUAUUGUGUGUAAGAAUCUGUUGUAGUUUACCCUUUGGUACAUUGAAUCUUGCGGUAUUAAUAAAGAUGUGAACGGACAAUAUUCGCAGCAUUGCUAGUUUAUUCAGCCAUCUUGGAUCACACACCCAACACCACCUGCUAAUACCUAAUUUCUACAACACAGUAUCUUGUAAGGAUGAUAUGAGAAUGUUCAUUUACCCAUUUCUUUUAACAUUUCUAAUUCAUUUGCACUGUUUUCUGCAUACAAAAUUACAAUUAUUGUCGACAAAAUGUUUUUGUGAACAUUUUUGGGUGUCUGGAGCGGAUUCAUUGGAUUGACAUGAUUUCCUACGGGAAAAAUUGCUUCGGUUUUUGUAUGUUUCAGUUUUUGUCUGACCUUUUAGAAUGAAUUAAUCACUAAAACCACCAUUUGUAAUGUUUGUUGUCUGUAAGAGUUGUGACAAUGAAGCUGUCAAUCAACAUGAAGCCAUCUUUCAUUGUUUUGUCCUUUAAGAGACUUUUAAUUUCAAUGUAAGAGCAGGUGCAGCAUUUUCGAUGGGUUCCCUUAGUGA